AGGGGGCGUGGCAUUCUGUGUUGCUAUGUUGUUCCCACAAGCGGUAGCGUGUCUGUGGGUGAGUUGUUUAAACCGUAGAAAGAAGGAGAAAGCGUAUUUCGCGAGUGAACGUAAAUGAGAGAAGCUAACUAAAGAAGCCAUUCCUUAGUAACAGCAGAGGAGGAUCUCCAAGAAGAUGAGUGCUGCAGCUUUGCAGAGUGGUGAUCAGGUAGUCCUUGAGGAAGACUAUGAUGAAAACUAUGUUCCAACAGAGACAGAGGUCAAAGAAUAUGCCAAAGAGAUUGGCAUUGACCCCGACAAGGAGCCAGCGUUGAUGUGGCUGGCAAGAGAUGGUAUUAUGGCACGGUUGCCAAAAGAGUGGAAGCCCUGUCAAGAUGUGAGCGGUGAAAUCUACUAUUUCAACUUCUCCACCGGUCAGUCCACUUGGGACCAUCCCUGUGACGAGCAGUACCGAAACCUGGUGAUUAAAGAGAGGGCCAAGCUGCAGGUUAGAGGACAGGGGCAGCAGAAGAAGGAGAAGAAGAAGAAAAAGGAGAAGAAGGAGCCUACAGUGUCCACCCUGCUGGCCCCUGUUCAUGUCCCCCCAGGUGCUCUGUCUCCUUUACGUGCCUCGGUAGAGCCAUUUAUUGCAGGGGGCAACGGAGCAAUGUUAGAACCACUGAGGACAUCAGGCCGGAUGAGUUCAUUGUAUUCUGGAGAGCAGCAGGUAGCCACUUCAGGACCUGGUAACAGUCUGCUUCGAAUUGGCCAUGGAGAGAAGGUGUCGCUCUCCCUGCCUGGCUUUGAUGAAGAGGAAGAUAAAGACACAGAUCAAGAGAGCCUCCUGAGUACGGGUCGACUACUCCAAAAUCUGCACGUUGAUGUGACCUCGCUAGGCUGUGGCUUUGAAUAUGAGGACAGUGAGAGUGUGGAUAAGGUCCCCCACACCGUCCCACUGGAAGAGCCGACUGAGCCAGAGUUGCAGGACCUGGUGGCCUCCGAGGAUGAGGGUGGAGGCAGCAUACGAGAGGGAUCUGUAGAUGGCACCUUCCACUCUUCCCCCUCUUCUGGGAGUCGCGCUUCCACACCCACUCCUGCACUGGAAGAAGCUAAAGAAGCAUGUGGAGCAAAGGAGACAUUGGGAGUGCAGAAGGGUAGACUCAUAGAGAUGGAUGAGACGGGUGCUGCGGACACUCGGGGCGAGGAGCAAUGUGACCUGCAGGAGCCUGACAGUCAUGAGGGCACAAAGAAAAAAGGCAUGUGGGAAGCAGACAAGGAGAGGCAGAAGAGGGCCGAGGCUGCAGAGAGGCGUCUUAGAGAGUCCCUUCAACAAGGAGAGGAGGAGGCUGUGUCUGAAAAACUGAGCCGUGAGAAAGAAGACAGACUGAGGAAUCUGAAGGAACAACUAGAAAAGGAAUUUGAAACAAAGGAGAAGGAGCUGCGAGAAGAGUCCCAUGAGAAGUUGGAGCAACUGAAAGCCAAAAUGAAAGCUGAGGCUGAGGAGAUGGAGCAGAACUUGAGACAGCAACACCAGGAGGAGCUGAAGAAAGUCCAAUUUGAUCUUGAUGCCGAUUUUGAUGCCCAGAAGGCGGAGCUGCUGGAAAAACACGAGAAGGAGAUGGAGGAGGAGAGAAGCCACCUGAACACCCAAUGGGAGCACAAACUGGAGGAGAUGAGGAGCUCACUGGACAAGGAGAGAAAGGAGGCACUCACGAAACUGGAGAAGCAACACUCUGAGGAACUGCAGGAACUCCGCAACACUAUGGAGGAGAGUCACAAGAAGGAGAUAAGCAACCUGCAGAAACAACUUAGUGAAGAGCAAAGCAGUGAGCGAGACCAAGCGGAUGUUCUCGAGACGCAGAGGAGGGUCCAGCAAGUUUCGGAGUAUGAGAAGACGCUGACUGACCUUCUCCAGGAAAAGAGACUGGAAGUGGAGCGGGAGCACGAGGCAAAACUGGAACAGCUGCGGGAAGAACACCGGGCUGCACUGGAGCACAUCAGGGAAGAGCAUCAGGAAGAGGAACAAAAGCAAAGGGCCAGCCUUUUGGCCAUCCUUCUUGAAGAACGGGAACGCCUCCUGGCCAACCAGUCCCAGGAAAUGAAUGAGCUGAGGACAGAGUUGGAGAGGCAGCUGCAGGAGAUGCGCCAGGCUUACGAUGCCAAGGAAGCCCAUCUGCAAGAUUUGGAAGAUCAACUGGACUUGAAAGCCAGAGAGCUUAAUACAAAGAGUGGUCAACUGCAGUGCCAGGAAGAGCUGCUGAGGAAGAAGAUGAAGGAGCUGAACGAGGAAGAGGAGCAGUUUGCUAAAGAAGAUCAGAAGAACAAACAUGAGAAAAUAGAUGCGCUACAGGACACAAUUCGUAGUGCCUGCGUCGAGGUAGACAGGCUGCAGGAGAAGAAGAUCAGUCUGGAGUCCGAGGUGGAGCUGUUGCAGGACCGCAAGCAACGUCUGCAUGACAGAGUCAGGGAGCUUGAGAAGUUAGUAGACCGGAAGCAGGAAAGUCUCCGAGCCAUCGGUCAGCCUGACCAACCUGUGACUGGCCAAGAAGAAGAAGCUCUGCGUGCAGACGACUUAAAAGCAGGGACUGAAGAACAAAGCCCUCCCCAGAACCUCGAUGACAGCGUCCGUCACUACGUCUCCUCUCAGGGAGUGUCACUGCAGAAGGCGCGGCAGUUUCUGGACCGCCAGACGAGUUCCUUGCGCCGCAGGCAGGAGGUUCUGAGGUUAGCCACGCGGCAGGAGAACGAUGACCCGCUGGAGAGUGACGGUUCCUUGCAGGACUUCCGCAGUCAUUUGAAACAGGAAUUAAAUCGGGUCAGUGAGAUGAAGGCCGCCAUGCAGAAGAGCCAGAUGUUGCUUCUCAGGAAGGAGGAGCGACUGAGCCAGCUGGAGAGCUCUUUACAUGAAGAAAUCUCGGAUGAGGACAGCACGAGAGGUAAAGAAGACAAGAAGGUGACCUUUGACUUGAGUGAUACCGACCUGAGCAGUGUGGACAGUGAAGAUCUGCCCUUAGCGCCAGAACCUCUGGAGUCCCCCUCGUCCAAAAAGGUCCACUACCUAAACCUGUCUCUUCAGCGCAUAUCUCAGGAGCUAAACAAAGUAUUAGGAGCACUGGGCUCUAUGGGCCAACAUCAGUCGACUCUCUUCUCCCGGCCUGAACAUCCGCCUCGUAGCUUUGUAGCAGCAGCAGCUACAGCCCCCAAUGUGGACCAGAUGUUGGCUGACAAGUGGAUUAAGUACUUCCCAGGUGGCAUUCCUGAGAUGCCUAGUGCAGUGUCCCCCUUUGCCAGCACAAUUGGCUACCAGCCUGCCAGCGAACGACUUCGGCGGAUGAGGAUGACCUUACCGAAAAACAACAGCGCCGAGCAGCAGCAGCGUCUGCAGAGCCUGAUCCGCUCCAAUAAGAAGUGGCUGGAAACUUUCAAGAAGGACCCCAAAGUACCUCUCCUGACGCGCUCAGUGCCUACACCCGGCUCUGGUCUGCUGCAGCUGGGCUUGGAUGAAAACAAUCAAAUCAAGGUGUAUCGCUACUGAGUCCCCCCCACGGCCCCUUUCUUUAGAUGGGUGCCCACCCUGCUACAUCCAGUGGUGAGAUCAGAUGGAAGGAAGGACGCACGGAGCCGCCGUUUGUAACAACAAGUCACCUUUAAUAAAGCAGAUGACCUUCUGCUGGACACAUGAUGGGACUGGACAUGUGACCCCAGGUUACUUUUCCACUCCCUGCCCUCUUAGUGGACAGCCCCAGUGAAGGCCCAGCCCCAGCUGUCCAUUGUUAAUAAAUAGAAAAUAGAAAAAGAAAGAUGGCUUUUGUGCCUGAAAUUGGGCAGUGGCUGCUCCUCCUCCUCCUCCUCCUUCUAAUUUGGCAUUCGGAACGAAUCUCAAAAAUUUGGGCUUGGCACCAGUUGAGAAAUCAGGCUGGAAAGAAAGAGCCCUGCCGUGGCAGCUUUUUGUCUCUUAAAGCAGAACGGCGAGGGGACGGUCACCGCAGCACUCCCUCCUUCAGUUCAUGAAUUGCGUGUAACCCUCGGCCCCAGUGACUAUCACGUCCAUCCAGAUCCUCAUCGCUUCCGGAGAUGGAGCCACCAUGUAGUAAAGGCGAUCGUGCGUCUUCACACAGAAGGUCAGUGCUGGGUUUGGACUCUGCAACGAGAAAAGGGAGACUGGCAUGAAGCCCACCGAGCACCCAUCCGGGCGUCCACUCGACGGAAUCACUGGGCAAGAAGGACAAGGUGCAGUAGGUUGGGUUGGGUUGUGUAGCCUUCUGGGAUGGAGGACCCUUUUUUUUUUUCUCUUCCAAUAAAAUUUACUUUUGCUACUUUUAAA